UUAGAACACGCUAAGUGCGCUCUAAUUGGACAAAACGGAGGAUGGCGAGCGAGGUGCAACUUGAUGCCCUGCCGUACGUGGACCAGGGAUAUGACGAGCCUGGAGUGAGGGAGGCGGCGAUGCAGUUGGUAGAUGAAGAGACGAGGCGGUACAGACCAACCAAGAACUACCUUGAUUUCCUACAACCACCCAAAUCAACUUUUGAAACAGACAUUCUGAGGUCAGAGUUUGAGAGAUUGGCUGCUAGGCAACCGAUGGAGCUGCUCAGCAUGAAGAGGUACGAGUUGCCCCAACCAGCUGCUGCCCAGAGGAAUGAUCUGAGUGCCUGGGUUGAGAGCGUGGAGAAUUCCAUGGCUCAGUUGGAACACCAGUCAGGGAGGAUUGUAAACCUGGAACUGUUGUUGAAAUACAGCAGUAACGAAUGGAGAAUGAACAACAUGACUCUGACUCAUAUGGUUGGGAGAGAACAACACUAUCUGAAAACCAUCAGACAAGAGGUCCAGGGAAUAAACUGGCAGAGAAAGACUGAGCAGGUGGCAGCUGGAACUCAGCUCUCCACGCUCACCGACCAUUGGAACAGUCUCGUCAGAAAGAACUACGAACUUGAGCAGGCGUGCACUGAUCUGGAGAAAGAAGCGGUGGAACUUGGACUGAAACAAGGCGGACGACUCCAGCCUACCUCUUAGGAAAUCUUACAUAACACUUGCACACUCUCUUUCCUGUUGUCUGAUCAUGUCGUUAUGAUUGUUACAUGAUGGACAAAUAAACACCCCCUGCAUACACUUGUGCCGUCACUGACUGACACUUGAGCACAUGUUCAAAAUCACUGACAUUAGAACUCUUAGCUAAACUCACGCUAAUAUACACAGAGAGGAGGAAAAUGAUCACACAUUCAAAGGGGUAAUGUAAACGCAUAGGGCACACACAUACACAAAAAGGGUAAGUUAUGAUAAUACACUUAUCAAACCCAAAAUCCAUUCACAAUUCACAAGCAUUCAUGUAUACAUCAAAACUAAAGAAGAAAAAUCCAAGUCUGAUUAACUUGAUAAUUGCCAGUGAUGUAAUGAUGAUGUAAUGCUCCCUCUCUACCAGAAGGGGCACCAUCCGAUGU